AUGCCGCACCGCCAACCCCACUCCAGCGACGAGAGUGACGAAGACCAAGUAAACGUUGCGUCUAGAUCUAAUAGCGACAGUGAAUCCCGCGACAGUUCAGCCCAUUUUAGCUCACGCAAGAAGAAGAAGAGACUGAGAAGACGUCCUUCCGUUCCAGAUCGACCCAAAUCCAAGCGAAGAAAGCAAACGCCUCAUCGCAUUUCCUCGCGUCACCACAAGUCUACUAGACGCAGAAAUGAAAAAACAUUGAACAGGCUGGACUCGUCGGCAGAAUCCGAGCUCGAUGAGGAAUCUCCUUCUUCAUUAGCAUCAGAAUCUGAUGCUAGCAACCAAUAUUCGUCCGGUUCGGAAGCAGAAGGACUCGACGGUGGUGGCAUCGCUCCUCUAGACGAAUUAGUGGGUGUACCGGAGCUGGAUGUGACGGCCUUUGACACUUGGGACGCGUUGGAGUCAUAUUUGAAGGCAUACAGCAAGAAAACCUUCCAGAUUUACACCAUUCGAACAAACACUCCUGUGCGGACAAGAAAUUCAAGAAUGCAACGAAACAUGUCUGUUGCGAAACCGAUCCCAGAGGAGUUCAAAUUCUACAAUAAAACCUACGUCUGUACGCAUUCAGGGGCUCCUAGACGAAGCGUAGGCCAGGGAACGCGGCCACAUCAGCACUCCAGAAGAAUUGGGUGUAAAGCACAGAUCAAUGCGUGCGUGCACCUGGGCGGCGACUGGGAAGUCGUGAUUACGAAGCAGAACGCCAAGCAUAACCACGAAGUCGGCAGGGAGAUCUACAAGAACUACCAUAAAGCUCGACAGGUCUCCGAUAGGGCAGUGCUUGAUACAGUGCGUACUCUUCACAGGGCUGGAGCCAACAGGAAACGCAUCAUGGAAUACGUCAUGGAAAAUACGGCAGCGGAGCCUACGAUGAAGGACAUUCACAAUAUCAUGGAGCGAUUGAAGAAAGAAAGCUACCGUUUCCCUACUAUGGAGGAACGUAUAUCGGCUAUUCUCGAGGACUUUGCAUCGCAGAAAGGAAAUCUUGCAAGAGUCUACGCUAAUGCGGAGAACGUUGUUGAGUGCAUCAGGAUUCAGUCAGCGCACAUGCGUUCCAUGUUUCAGCAUUUCCCUGAAGUUUUGCUAAUCGAUGCGACUCACGAUACCAACGCAUCGAAUUACAAGCUCUUCAGCUUCAUGGUUCACGACGCUGUGGGCAAGGGGCAGCACGUACAGCAUUCGCUUUUGGAGAAUGAGCGGAAAGAGACACUCCGAAUUGCCUGUCGGCAGUUCAAAGAGGGAUGCUCGUCGGUGGACGCCUUGGCAGUGAUAAUGAUAGACAAAGACUUCACCGAGCUAGCAGUUCUGCAGGAAGAGUUCCCGGGUGUACGAAUAUUACUCUGCCACUUCCACGUGGUGAAGUAUCUCCAGGAAGAAGUAGCCAAGGAAAAGUACAACCUUGACGCUUGGACGAAGAAGGAAAUGAAGCGGUUGGUGCAGUUGUUGGUUGGUGCGCCGACGGAGACGGGUUAUGACAAGAUUAUUGAAGCUAUGAAGGUAGUUUUGCGGUGUGAGAGCAAGAUUCGACUUUGGUUUGACUAUUUUGACAGAAAUUGGACAACGUGUAAGGAGCGAUGGAGCUCCGUCUGUCGUGGCAACGUACCUCACAUGGGAAACCAGACGAAUAAUAGGCUUGAAUCAAGCUGGCAGAAGCUGAAAACAUUGGUCAACCGUUCUACUUCGCUGGAUGAUUGUGUGGUCUCGAUCCUAUUUUGGCAGACGGUGAACGAAAAACUUUGGUGUCGAGGUGUCAGCCGUAUCGGCGCUUACGUUAACGUGGAAUAUGACGACGAGAUGAACCGGCUCAUGAAUACCGUAUCGCGGCACGCGGUGGAGCUGAUAAAACAGCAGUACGAUUUCGCUCUUAAAGCCGACACAGAAUAUCGAUACUACCCAGUGGGGUCCUACGUGAUGAUGCAUUAUACAGCCCGAAGUGGUGACGACAUUCCAGACGAGUAUAUACUGAAUCCGGAUGCAUGGACGUGUUCGUGUAUGUUUCGAGUAACACGACUCCUGCCUUGCCGGCAUAUCAUAUACUACCGGAAGGUCACUGGAUGUUCAAGUUUGGUCCCCAAGGAAAUCAUACACCGACGCGGGCUUUUCAAAAACUACCGGAAAUUGGGUAACGGCGAGAUCGCAGAGGAUGAAGUAGUAGAAUCCUACGAACACAGACCAGUGCCAUUACCUGUCUCGACACGUGCUAAGAAUCAGAACGAGAAAUUCAAGGAGUUGUUGGGUAUCGGGAGACAAAUUGCUGAUGUCGGUGCCCACCGGGGGACGAAGGCGCAUACAAAUCUCUGUGAAUCUCUGAAACCAUAUCUGAAUCGGUGCCCCAAACUCAAAAGGUGUCACAGUCUAGCACUGGGACACAGACCGAAGCACCUCAAGAUAAUGAUGCUGCCGGCGAGGGUCCAGUGA